GAUUUUCUCUUGCUGAACAUAUCGCGAAUGGAUUUUGCUUGCUGGAGUGUGUACAAAGAGACUUGUACUUACGAUAAUGGCGAUUUUGAAUCUGAGUGUGCCUCUCUCUUUCUCACUCGACUCCCACUUCUUGUACACUCCUGUGCAUCUUCCCUCUCCUCCUCACCCACAUCUUCACAGAGCCUUUCUCUCUCUUCCUCGGCCCCUGCCUUCAUGUAAAACAGCUGCCUCUCUUACUCUAAGACAUGGGUCUCAAAAUACUGCCUUUCUCUCUCUAAAACCUCGCAGGAAGCUCCCCAUGCGUUGUGAAGCAGGAGAAUACGUCUUCCCUGACCCCAUUCCUGAAUUUGCUCAAGCUGAGACAGAGAAAUUCAGAGACCAUCUUUUGAAAAAACUUUCAGAGGAUCAGGAUGAUAUUUUUGGUGAAUAUUACGAGGAGGUUGUCAAUGUGUGUACAGAGAUAAUGAGUACUUUCCUACAUAAAGAGUACCAAGGUCCCGGAACUCUCUUGGUCAUCCCCUUCAUAGACAUGGCAGAUACUGUGAAGGAGAGAGCGCUGCCUGGGGGUCCAGAAGCUGCUCGGGCUGCAGUUGUGUGGGCCCAGGAACAUGUGGACAAGGAUUGGAAUAAAUGGACUGGAUCUGAUUAAAUUGAAGUAGUCAAUUUAUUCUUGUCCUUUAAUUAUAGUGUUUGCACUUUGCAGAAGCGGGAGAUGAAGCAGGAGAGUUGUAAUCUCAAAUACGAAGUACAUUAAAACCAUUGCUGGUAAUUGAUCUCUGAUUUUUUUGGUUCUAGAUGUUUACCUUUUCGAAGAUGCAAGAAUUUCCUAGUAGUCAGGAGAAGGAAAGGAUGUUUUCAUAUGAAUUUUGUAGCAAAUGAGGUUAUGACUCUUGUAACUGUAUUCAUAUGAUUUCCUAUGAAUUUUGUAGCAGAUGAGGUGAUGACUCUUGUAACUGUAUUCAUAUAUUUAUGAUUCAAUAUUUCUUGCCAACUAUUUCAGAACAC